UCUCGGAGGGGGCGGAGCUACAUGGCAAGUCUCACGACCACCGACUAUGUGGGGACUAAGGAUAGUUGAAAGCACACUGCUCGCAGUCCCACUAAACUGGAAAGCCACGUUGAGCCUGGCCGGCAUCAGGCAGCGCACCGGCCCACCACACAGUAGCCGGGGGAGAAGAGAGGAAGAGAGUCGGUGAAACGUGUUAGCGAGGCGGUGAAGCUCAGCAACAAUGUCCGGGUUAAAAAACAGACAUUCGAACUCCUCGUUAAGCAAGGAGGAGGACCAGCAAGUGACGGAGAAGAUGCUGGGCAGCAGUACGGAGAAGGGGGACGCCACAGCCGGGAGCCCCGCCAAAGAGGCGGCGGGCGAGGAAACAGUCGUGUUAAAGAGAACCAUCACCCUGAUGAACGGCGUGGCCAUCAUCGUGGGCACCAUCAUCGGCUCCGGCAUCUUCGUCACGCCGUCCGGCGUGGUGAAAGAGUGCGGCUCCGUGGGUCUGUCCCUGGUGGUGUGGGCGGUGUGCGGGGUCUUCUCCACGGUGGGAGCACUGUGUUACGCGGAGCUGGGGACCACCAUCACCAAGUCAGGGGGGGACUAUGCCUACAUCUUGGAGGUGUACGGCUCCCUGCCGGCUUUCCUCAAACUCUGGAUUGAGCUGCUCAUUAUCCGCCCGUCCUCCCAGUACAUCGUCGCCUACGUUUUCGCCACCUACCUCAUCAAGCCGCUGUUCCCCGUCUGCCCGGUACCGGAGACCCCGGCUAAACUCGUGGCCUGCCUUUGCAUCCUGUUGUUGACAUUUGUGAACUGCUACAGCGUGAAGGCAGCCACCAGAGUCCAAGACUUCUUUGCUGUGGCCAAACUGCUCGCUCUCGGCCUUAUCAUCAUCAUUGGCUUCGUCAAGAUUGGCCAAGGUGAGGUUGAUGCUCUUCUCCCAGAAAAUUCCUUCAAGGACUCCAAAUAUGAGUUUGGUAAUAUUGGACUGGCGCUCUACAGUGGCCUUUUUGCCUACGGUGGCUGGAAUUACUUGAAUUUCGUCACAGAGGAGAUGAUCGAACCUUACAAAAACUUGCCUCGAGCCAUCAUCAUCUCUUUGCCAAUUGUGACAGCGGUAUACGUCCUCACCAAUCUGGCGUACUUCACCACCCUCUCCCCAGAACAAAUGUUCAACUCCGAGGCUGUGGCUGUGGAUUUUGGCAAUACCCACCUGGGUCCGAUGGCAUGGAUCAUCCCGGUGUUUGUGGGGCUGUCCUGCUUUGGUUCUGUCAACGGGUCUCUCUUCACGUCAUCCAGGUUAUUCUUUGUGGGCUCACGGGAAGGUCACCUGCCCUGUCUGUUGUCAAUGAUCCAUCCAACCCUAAUGACCCCACUUCCUUCUCUUCUAUUCACUUGUCUGAUGACGCUGCUCUACGCCUUCUCCAACGACAUCUUCUCCGUCAUCAACUUCUUCAGCUUCUUCAACUGGCUUUGCAUUGCCAUGGCGAUUGUUGGGAUGAUGUGGCUCCGUUAUAAGAAGCCUGACCUCGAACGGCCAAUAAAGGUUAACAUUCUGCUCCCGGUGUCAUUCGUGCUGGCCUGUCUCUUCCUGAUCAUCGUAUCCUUCUGGAAGACACCGCAGGAGUGUGCAAUCGGGUUUGGCAUCAUUGCCACCGGUUUACCCGUCUACUUUGUUGGUGUGUGGUGGAAGAACAAACCCAAAUGGCUGCUGAAUGGAAUAUUCUCAACCACGGUCUUUUGUCAGAAAAUGAUGGAAGUGGUGCCUUAGGUGUGUGGACUGCAUUCACCAUCACUCCAACUCUGACCUCUAACGUUUCAGCUGACAAAUGUCUUCACCCGCCAUGAACAUUUUCACUCACUCUUGUCUCUUGUCACACACAUUUAGUACAGAUGAGGAUUUGACUACAUCUUUUGUUCUUCUAUUAUUGGAGAAAAAUAAUGAUCCAUUAAUAUAUUACUGUUUUUAAUAGUCAGUUUGUACAUAUAUAUAUACAUAGUGUAUGCGUGUAUGUAUAUAUAUAUGUGUGUAUAUAUAUAUAUAUAUAUAUAUAUAUAUAUAUAUAUGUAUGUGUGUGUGUAUAUAUGUAUGUAUAUAUAUAUAUAUAUGUAUGUAUAUAUAUAUAUAUAUAUGUAUGUAUGUAUGUGUAAAUGUAUGUGUGUAUAUAUAUAUAUAUGUAUGUAUAUAUGUAUAUUAAUAUACAGUACAAUAAUGUGUACAUGUAUAAAUGUGUGUGUAUUUAUGUAUAUAUAUAUAUAUAUUCAUACACAUUUAAAUAUAUAUAUAUAUAUAUUUAUAUAAAUAUGAAUACAUAUAUAUCUUUUUUGUUUUUGUUUUUUUGUUUUUUAAUAGAAUACAUGCAGACAUUUGUUGAUACACUAUGUAGAACAAAGUAAGGUAGAUCCAAGUAGUUGCCAAGUAGUGCACUCAUUGCUUCAAGAUGCAAUUAAUCAAUUUUCACACAAUCAAUUAAUUCUUAAUUCAUUGAAUUGACCAGUCAUUAAAACACUUACACACACUGACGAUAACAUCAUUCAGGUGUUAUUCUGUACAAUAAAGUAUUCAUGUCAGUCAUAUUAGUUACUGACUUUACAGUACGUUGUAGAGUUUGAUGUUCAUCUGUGUUUUUUUGUCUUUUCUAUGUUACGUCAUCAGCAAAGUGUUCCUUAUGUAGCAGUGAAAGCUUGGGCACAAAGUAAUGCAAAACAUCUGUUAUUCUUCUUUCGAUUUUAGAAAGUGCCGUUUUGUACUGGUUUUCUGUUGAAAAAAAAACACAUGUCUGUGUCACCUAUUCAUUGUU